ACAUUCCAAUCCCUGACUGUAACUUUUUCUCUCGCUCUCGGCCUGAAAUCGAAACCACAAAUAACAUCCAUAUCCCCAAACUCAUAAUAACAUUGACACAUUCGCCCCGUAGCCACCAACCCAACCCUCGCUUCCAUCUCACUCACGCACAACACAAACGAUGGAUAGAUACCAGAGGGUGGAGAAGCCGAAAGCAGAUACUCCAAUUAACGAAAAUGAGAUCCGCAUUACUACUCAAGGACGGAUGAGGAACUAUAUCACCUAUGCUACAACUCUCUUUCAGGAGAAAGGAACUGAUGAAAUCGUUCUGAAAGCAAUGGGACGUGCAAUUAAUAAGACUGUAACGAUUACUGAGCUAAUAAAGAGAAGGAUUGUUGGUCUGCAUCAGAACACAGUUAUUGGAUCGACCGAUAUAACCGAUACUUGGGAGCCGCUUGAAGAAGGCCUUCUUCCUUUGGAAACUACGAGACAUGUUUCAAUGAUCACAAUUACGUUGUCGAAGAAAGAGCUGGAUACGUCCUCAACAGGAUAUCAACCUCCUAUACCGGCUGAUCAAGUAAAACCUUUGAAUGAAUAUGAAGAGGAAGGAGAAGGCUCACCAAGGAUGCGUGGAAGGGGGCGUGGUCGUGGAAGGGGAAGGGGAAGGGGCAGAGGUAGAGGAAUCUACAAUGGGGGUAUGGAAUAUGGUGAUGGUUGGGAUGGCGGACGUGGCUAUGGUGGCAGAGGACGUGGCCGUGCAUGGGGUCGUGCUUUCCAGGGACGAGGACGCGGCUAUGGUGCCCAGCCGGUUGGGUAUUAUGACAAUGGUGAAUAUGAUGCACCACCUGCACCACGUGGUCGGGGAAGGGGAAGAGGCCGUGGACGUGGUCGUGAUGCUGGACGUGGAGCAGCUGCUUAGUUAGAAGAGGAUUGCCUCGGUGUUGUUGAUUCUAUUUGGUAUUAUUCGAGUCCUUCCGUGUUUGCGGCUAUGUUCCUGCAGUUUUGGUUUUGUAGUUCUAUCUUGUAACAUCUAGAAUUUUAUGUUCGACAGGUUGAGUUAGAUAUAUCUCUUUUGUUUAGACUUUGGAAAAAAAAAAUCAAAUUUGUUAAUUUUUCUUAUAUAGGCAUUACUGCCUUGAGUUUUUCUGA